AUGCUUCCGUUUAGGCAACCAUACUCGACCAUUGGCUUUCCACAUUUUGCUAUUGAGUUCGGUUAUUGCCUUGUAAUGAUGGGUCCUGAAAAAAAGACUAAAUUUAGUGAUGGAACAUGUGUACAAUCCAGUGAUGCCUCGUAUCGUAUUGGCAUCAGUGCAGGAAACCCUAAAUUCAAUCGAGCCAGCAUUUGUUUUUACCAAACAGAUCCCAGCGACACAGCCAUUCGAAUAUGGGUUUCAAGCUCAGAUCUCGGCUCCAACCUAGGCCUAGAUUUGAGCGGUUUUCGCCGACGUCGCCAACGACACCAUAGACACGGCAAUCAUCAUCGGCAUAGGCGUCGUCACUGCAAUCAACAUGGUCACCGGACCAAUAGGUCCGCAAAUGAAGCUCGCCCCAGGAUACAUCCUCCAGGCUCCUCAAAGCAUGUUCCCACAGCCACAACCGAUGGUCAUCAUGAAAUAGGAGUAUUGGAGGCUGGACAGUGUUUGGGUCCUUCUGAGUCACGACGCGGUCAUCAGCUGCAGCGUCGAGGUGCAGAAAGGAGUCCGCAUACUUCCGUCAAUAAAGCUCCUAUUAUUAUUCGGCGUCCGGCUCCGCAGGUGCCACCAGUCGUCGGGCUCCCAGCCGACUCCAACCCCGACUCCUUUGCUGCCAUAAGUAGUCUACCACCGUUGGCGCCCCCACGACGUCAUCCCAACACUUCUCCCGCUACUAAGCAGGCGUCCAAUAGGCAGAGCCGACUGGGCACCGACCAGGCUGGCUCACAUAAGCUCAACACGGAUUCAUCAUGUUUGCAAGAUGGGGCUGUUGAGGGCUUCUUUGAGCAAAUCCAUAUUCACAAUUCCAAGACGAAUCUUCUCCUCCUCAGACGAAAUAUAGGCUGA